UCCAUUUACAUGCCCACUAUAGUUUGUAUAUUUUUAUUGUCACUUUUUCAACGUCCCUAUAUAUAUAUACAUAAAAAUCUUGGUCCAAGAAAAUACCUUUUGUAUAACAUUUUGCUCUCGUUUGUUCUUAAUCUUGUAACAACAUUUUGUUUUCCAUGGCCGAUCACCAAAAAAUUCAUCCCGCUCCGGCACCAGAGCCGCAGCAGGAAGCGCUACCCAAACCCACGGCUCCGUUGGUGCCACGUGGCUCUUCGCGGUCAGAGAACGGCGAUCCUGAGCGGCAGCAACCACCUUUGAGAAGGUCAUUAACCCCAUAUUCACCAUCAAAACAACCAAAGAAAAGAAGCUGCUGCAAAAAAUGCUUGUGUUGGUCCUGUUGCCUAUUUUUCCUACUGAUCAUACUCUUAGGCAUUUUAGCUGCCAUUAUUUACUUUGUCUUCCAACCAAAAAUACCAAAGUACUCUGUCGACAGCAUGAGAAUUACACAAUUCAACAUCAACAAUGACAUGAGCUUGUCCGCAACAUUUAACGUGAACAUCACUGCAAGAAAUCCCAACAAAAAGAUUGGAAUUUACUAUGAAAAUGGAAGCCAUUUGAGUGUAUGGUACAAAGGCACGAAUUUAUGUGAAGGGUCAUUGCCAAAGUUUUAUCAAGGCCAUAGAAAUACCACUGUACUUAACGUGAAAAUGACAGGGCAAACAGAGAAUGCUACCAAUUUGUUGCAGUCAUUGCAGGUGGAUCAACAGAGUGGAACUAUUCCAUUGAAUCUUCGAGUUAAGGUUCCAGUGAGGAUAAAGCUGGGAAAAUUGAAGCUUACGAAAUGGAAGUUUUUGUUGAAGUGUAGACUAAACGUGGAUAGCUUGUCUCAGGAUAAUGUUAUUCGGAUUAGGGAUAAUAAGUGUAAGGUCCGGUUUAGGUUUUAAAUUGGUCCAUUCUUGAUUAUAGUCCACCAUGUACACUUUUAUUUUACUUUUUACUCAAUAAAUCUGGUGGAGGAUUUUAGAUUAUAUUCUUUUGAGAGCUUUUCACAAUAAUGCUGUUUUGUAAUUUGUUAUAAUAAAUUAUUGGAUUUUUUA